GUUUUAAUUCAAACCUAAUUCAUUUUCAUUAAACCUACCCACCCACAAGUGUAGAAGACAGCCACCACGAUCGAAAGUUUGGAUCUUGACUGAACACCACCUGUGAUUCCCUUCAUCUCUCCACCAUCUUCAAACAAAUACCAAGCCGUUAUCGCCUCUACAUGUUCAUCUGCAAUUCCGAUUUAAGAGGAUCGAUUUUGUUUUUGUUACCGAUACACACACACACACACACCCGCACAUAGAGAGGGCUCGAAUGAAGAAAGAAGGGGAAGAAUUCAUGUGCUUGAGCUUAGAUGAAGCCAUUGUAUGCCUCUGGAAUUUGAAGAACGGAGAAAUAGAGGGAAAUCGAAGAUGCUUCGUGAGCUACUUGUUAUGUCCGGUGGCAGGAGACUUUUCAAAGACUUCAUUCUAGAGAGUGUUGUUGAAAUUGGACAUCUGGGAAAAGAAAACCAAGGAAGAGGCCAUGAGGUAUUUGUUUCUAUGAGCCUCCUAUACGAUCGCAAGUGCGCAACCUCCUGUUCUCGUGUUGUCGCAGCUUCAUUCCUGCAAUCACACGAUCCUUCUUCCCUGUUGUCGCACCUUUCUUCUUGCAAUCACACGCAACAUGCAUACGGGCAUGAUUUGGAUUACAUGUAUCUUAAAAAGUUUCUAGAAUUUGGAAUGAAUUGAGGACACAACCUGCAUUAAAUAGUUUAUUUGGGUUGCUUUAGUGCCUAAUUGUUCUUCCCCCUGGAUGUUUGAGGUUUUGAGCUUUAUGGUAUUAAAAAAUUGUCAUCAUUGGCAUACUUGGUUGAUGAAAUUGAAUGCAUAAAUAUCUAGUGAAAUGGAGAAGUCGUGCAAAAGCAAGUUGUAGGCAUCAUAAAUACUAUGGGGUUGUUCAAACUUCAUAUAGAGUUAUAUUUUCCUACAUAUGUUUCGCGUGGCUUUGCUUUGUCCUUUUCUUAUCUAAUGAUGACUAUUCCAAGCGUUAAUCAUGUCAAACUUGUUGAAAAGGGUAAGUUAUUCAUGUCAUAACUCAUAAAUGGACAUGUUGAAAAAAUAGUAUUCUCACAUGACCUCUGUGAUUACAGGUAUUGAUGGUGUUGUCCAAACGCAUUUAGUUAUACAUUCUCGUGCCAUUGUUUAGUGAUCACCUGGAAAGUAGUCUUUCGGGAAGAUGCAUUUCUAGAAGUCGCCAAUACUUCAUCUCAAGAAAUAUAUUGAAGACAUUUUGUAGAAAAAUAUAAUUAGUUUACAUUGUUAUUGUUGACCGGAUUUGUUUGUAGUUGGUAGAAACAUUUUGUUGACAUUAUCCAUUUGUUAUUGUGGAUUAGAUUUAUAGAAAACAUGUACUUUAGUUCUUU